AUGAUGCGCCUGCAGGAUGGUUACGAAUUUUUUGCGGGUCGCCAUAUGAUCACAAUAUUUUCGGCUCCAAACUACUGUGGAUCGUUUAAUAACUGCGGUGCUAUAUUGACAGUAGAUGAUUCGUUACGGUGUGCAUUCAUUACAAUAAGCCCAAGCAAGGAUAAAGUGAAAGUAAGGCCGAGCAAGCGACUCGAAAUAGACCUCGACGACGAACUCGAGAAGGAUGGCGGCGAGAUGUGA